ACUUGGCCGAUUAAUUUGUUGACCAAAAAUACAACAGCGGACGGUGUUCAACUAAAAAAUAAAAUGUCCCCCCGCAUCCUAAAUAAAUGCAAAAACAUAUGUUGUGAAAUAUUAAUAAUCUCGUUUGGACUGUAGCAAAUUCUGGCGGAAAGAGAAAGGUGAAAUACAAAAAUAAUACAAAAAAUAAAGUAUUCCUGUUUAUUUAAAGCCUAUCAAAAAAUUUGAACGUAUACAUCGAAAGCUCCAUUUUUAAAUCGCUAUAACAAAAAAAAAUUAAACAAAAUAAAAUGUAGCAACGAAUAAAUUUUUAACAAAGGAUCUAACGAAAAACGGAGAGCAACGACAACGAACAAAGGCAAAAAAAAUGCUGAAUCCCGUGAAAAGUGAAAGCAAUUAAAAUUCGUUUCAAAACAAGAAAUGAAUUAUUUCUCGGUGCAGGAUAUAUGAAAAAUCAACAGAACGGUUUCCCAAUACUAUAUGUGUACCAAUAAGUGAGUGCGUGUGCAAUUGUGUGAACACCUACAAAAAAAGCGGACACGUCAAAUAGAGGAGAAAAAGGAUACGAAAGCUUGAAGUAAAAGGACAGCCGAGCAAACCGAAGUCGAGGAUUAUUUUCGCCAACAUUGGAAACAAUAAACCUGCCAGCAGUCAUAAGAGCAGCAGUAAUAUACAUGGGUGCGUGUAUAUAAAUCUGUGACUUUCAUGUGAUCAGGAUGAAAUCCAGUCAGCCGGCAGCUAGUCUCGUCAUCCCAGCCAAGCAGCACAGAUAGUCACAUCGAAAUAGGUGAAGACAGUUCAACAACAGCUCGCUCAGGUCAUACAACUUGAUGCUCCACUGUGCCAGGAUGGGGGAAAACCAGCUGCUGCUGUUGCUGCGGCUCCUGCUGCUUCCUACAGUCCUCUUUGGCUGUAUGGACUGUUCCGGGGCCUCCACGGCGGACAUCUACAAGGGCGCCCGGCUGGGCCACCGCAUCGUCCAAACGCGCUACGGCCGGCUGCACGGACUCAUCCUGCCGCUGGACAGCUUCCGCUUCCUGCGAUCCGUGGAGGUCUUCUUGGGCGUGCCAUAUGCAACGCCACCCACCAAACAAAAUCGGUUUAGUCCCACGAGAGCACCAGCGCCUUGGGACGGCAUUCGGAUAUCGGAUAAAUACAGUCCCGUGUGUCCGCAGCGAUUGCCCAACAUCCAAAAUGAAACGGCGGCUCUGGAGAAGAUGCCCAAGGGUCGCCUGGAGUACUUGAAGAGAUUGCUGCCCUUCCUGGAAAACCAGUCAGAGGACUGCCUGUACCUAAAUGUGUUCUCGCCGGUCAAUGCCGGGGCCAAUGAGAAGAAGUUGCCGGUGAUUGUGUUCAUACACGGCGAGUCCUUCGAGUGGAGCAGCGGAAAUCCUUACGACGGCAGUGUCCUGGCGAGCUACGGAGAAGUUGUGGUGGUGACACUCAACUACCGGCUGGGAAUAUUGGGUUUCCUCAACGCCAAUCCCAAUCCACAUGCCCAUGCGAGGGUGGCAAACUACGGGCUCAUGGACCAGAUGGCCGCUCUGCACUGGAUCCAGCAGAAUAUUCAAAAGUUUGGCGGAGAUCCCAAUUCGGUGACGUUGGCGGGUCACGGAACUGGUGCAGCCUGUAUUAAUUACCUGAUGACCUCGCCUACGAUGGUCCGUGGGCUCUUCCAUCGGGCUAUUCUUAUGUCCGGCUCGGCGUACUCGUCCUGGGCUCUUGUCGAGGAUCCAGUACUGUUCGCCAUCAAGCUGGCCAAGGAGGUGAAUUGCACCAUUCCCGACGACAUCAAUCGGCACCACGAACAGAUUGUGGAUUGUCUAAGGGAUGUGCCUCUGGAGGACCUCUACAUCGCCGACAUUCAGGCUCCCAAUUUUCUCACAUCUUUCGGACCUUCGGUUGAUGGCGUUGUCAUACGACCCGGACAUUCCAAUCUCGAUAUCGAUGAUUUAAUGGCGCGCAACUCGAGGCGCUCGUCAGCGGACUCCGGCUUCCAGUCGUCCGCCGGGGGUGGUGGCGGUCAAGGAGGCGGUGCUGGCGGUGGAGGAGGCGGUGGCUCCGGAUCGGCGUUCGGCGGUGGAUAUUUCGGCGGCGGCGGGGCGGGAGCGAUGAACAUGGGCGGUCACUAUGACGUCCUGUUUGGCGUCGUUACGGGCGAAUCGAUUUGGCGCUUCAGUGCCCACGAUAUACAAAAUGGUUUCGAGGGCGAGAGACGCGAUAAAAUUAUCCGCACCUACGUCCGCAACGCCUACAAUUAUCACCUCAAUGAGAUUUUCUAUACGAUCGUCAACGAGUACACGGAUUGGGAUCGCACCUCGCAGCAUCCGAUCAAUACCCGCGAUACGGCUGUGGCUGCCCUAUCCGAUGCCCAGUUUGUGGCACCGAUUGUGCGGGCUGGUGAUAUCCUGGCGGCCAAUUCCCCGCCGCCAGUCAGCUCCUCCUCCCCCGCUGGGGCAGCGGGUGCAAAUGCGGCUGCCUCGACCUCGGCGGGGUCCACUCAGCCCUCCGGUCGGUGCUACUUUUAUGUGUUCGAUUACCAGACAAAGGACGGCGACUAUCCCCAGAGGAUGGGCACUGUGCACGGCGAGGACUUGCCCUACAUUUUCGGUGCCCCGCUGGUCGAUGGCUUUAGUCACUUUCCGCAGAACUACACCAAAUCGGAGACGGCUCUCUCCGAGGCGGUGAUGAUUUUCUGGACCAACUUUGCACGCACCGGCAAUCCCAAUGAACAUCAUCGCCAGGACUCGUCGCUGCCGGUUUCAAAGGAGCGCAACCGCUUUCGCAGCAUCACCUGGGAAAAUUAUGAUCCGCUGCACCAGAAGUAUUUGGAAAUAGGAAUGAAGCCGCGCAUUAAGAAUCACUUUCGGGCCCAUCAACUCUCGAUUUGGCUGCGCCUGAUACCGGAGCUCCAUCGCGCCGGGAUGGAGGAUGUGAUAGCCCGGCACAAUCUGUUCCGCAAUCACGACGAUAUGGACCUGUACGAGGGACCCGUUAAACCGGAUCCGUUUGGCAUAUCGACAGCCGCCGGAGCAACUGGCUCCUCAUCUUCGUCGUCCUCCUCAUCCCGCCUCCUGCUUGUCGAUGAGCAAUUGAUGAUGAAGAAGGGACGCGGCCUUAACGCCUCGGCCUAUUUAAACGGCAUAUUGGGCGUGACCACCGUGGAGCCGAACAACAUGUACACGACCUGUAUACCCAUUGGGGGAAACUACUCGAGCAGCGGUGGUGUCUUCGCACCCACCACUCUGGCCAACGCUUCCUCGGACACUUUGGCCUCCGGAUUCGAGGCAGCUGGCUAUGCGGCCUAUUCGACGGCCCUGAGUGUUACGAUUGCCAUUGGCUGCAGCCUGCUCAUACUCAACGUGUUGAUUUUCGCCGGAGUCUACUACCAGCGUGACAAGACGCGGCUGGAGGUGAAGACACUGCAGAAGCAGUACCAGCAGCGCAGUCUGCACCAGCAGGUCCCGUACCCCCCGGAACCCAUCAAGCACGCCCACUACCACAUGGGUCACUCGCAGAGCUCGGCCAAUGUCAUCGUGGACGUUGAGAGCCAUCAAGACCAGGCCGGCCAGGCGGCCAUGUUGCUCCAAGCCGCAGCGGCAGCCGCCGCAGCAGCGGCCAACGAGGUGAAGCCGCCGCCACCGCACAUCUGCUCAAACACAGGAAUGCAACAGCAGCAGCAAGUGGGUUGUGGCAGCGGUGGGGCCCUGAAUACCGGUGGCAUCGAGGGGUCUAAGGUGACCACUGACAACCUGGGCAAUGCCACCUACAGCACCAGCUCCAAGCACCAGCAGCAGCACCAGCAGCAGCGUGAGCACAUGCAAAUCAAGGGAAUGACUGGCACGCAAACUUUCGGACGAAGUGGCUCCGGAUCGGGGGGCGGGGCUGGCGGCGGUGGCGGUGGCGGAGGCGGUUCCGCUUCCGGAGGCGCCUCCGUGGUGGUGUCUGGCAGCAGCGUGAGCUACAAUCCCGGCAUGAUGACGCUGCCCAAGUCGGGCGGCCUCCACCACGCGGCCACUUUGAAUUAUGCGCGCAACACGGCCGCCUUGAAUAUGUCGGGAGGCGGAACCGCCCUAGUGGAUAGUCGCGGCAAUGUCCUGCUCACCAGCACCGCAGUGGGUCCUGGAAUGGGCGGUGCUGGUGCAGGAGCUGGAGGAGGAUCCUCUGGUGGCGGCGGCGGUGGAGGUGGAGGCGGAGAUUGCAUGACCCUGCCACGCAAUCUUAGUUUAGCGGCCGCAGGACGACACAAUCCCACGACAGAGCUGCAGCAAUAUCAGCAGCAACAGCAGUCGAACAAACAUCAGUCGAAUGGAGCUGUCCUCACUGGGAUGCAGUCGCAUCACAUACGCGGACCACGCCCACCGCUCCGCACCGCCUCCUCGACGACAACGAACAGCAGCAGCAAUAACUCGGCGAUGGGCGUGGCCGUGGGCGGAGGCGGCGGCGUGGGCGUGGGCGUUGGCAACAUGCUCCUAGACCAAACGCCAUCCGGCGGCAGCAGCAGCAGCGGCGUGAGCAGCGCCCCCAGCUCCUCGAAGGGUCACCACACCCACUCGCACUCCCACGCCGCCCACCUGGUGCACUCGCACGGCGACGGCCUCGUCCUGACAUCCGCCUCGCCUGUCGGCGGCCAGCAGCAGCAGCACCCGCAGCAGCAUCAGCAUCCGCAUCCGCACCCGCAACAGCAGCAGCAAGUGCCGCAGGCGGCGAUGGACGAGAUGCGCGAGUUCUAUGCACCGAAGCAGUCGGAUGACGGCCAACUCAAUGGGACACCACUGGAUGGAGACGCAGCUGGAGAGGCAGCGGGAGUGGGGAAGGCCGGCGGAGGAAGAGUGCCAGUGGGAAUGGGAGUAGGUGCGCCACCAACCUCCACCAGUGACCACAAGCAGCGGCAGCUAAAGAAGCUGCGCUUCAAGCGGGAAAUCCACGCCCUGGCGCUGGAGGGUGGCGAUGUGGCCAGGGGCUACUGCUCCUGCGACGAGCAGUGGACGAACUCCUCCUCGCCGACGUCCACCACCUCGGCCACCAUGUCGCCGACUCUGCCAUCUGCCGGAAGUGCAGGCGGCGCUGGACGCCAUGCCACCGGAAACGGGCAUGGAAACGGGCAUGGAAACGGGCCUGGAAACUCCAGCGGUGGCAGCAGCGGUAUUGUCAAAAUGGCGGCGACUGGAAAGCGAAGCGAGCGGCUCAAGCAGCAGCAUCAUGUGCGCUUUUCCGACGAGAAGAACUUCUCGGACUGAGAGGGAAAACCAACUACUAGACUGCACCUAAUCUCUGUUUAGUCAUAGGCUAACGUUUUUCCCCUCCUCCCAAAAACGGAGGGGAGAAACCCAAACAAAUUAUCUAAAAAUCCAGAAAAUUAUAUGAAAAUCCAUAGAUAAAAGUUAGGAAGUCAGCUAAGAAACACUGUAAAUAUAGUUUGAAGGUGUGUUAGUUAAAUAUCUGUGUUUAGUUGCUCGAUAGAUCUGUUGUGAACCAUAUAUGCAUAUAUAUAAAUAACAUAUAUAUGAAUGUAAUCAAGUAGCCAAGUAAGUGUAGCACAAAUGCAUUUUUUCCACUCAUCAGCAAAUUGAAAGCAAAUAUUGAUGGAAAUUGUUGAUAACGGCAUUCCGUUGAUGGCAUUGUAAAUAUUCUAGAAAAAAUUAACACAAAUGUGGUAUUAUUUACUUAAAGUAAAAACACGAAAAUGAAAUAAAACUACACUAAUCAUACAAGAAACACAAACAUGGCUCAAAAUCGAUUAGAUUAACAAGGAACGUAAUGAGAUGCAUAAUUAAAACAAAUAACUAGUUAAAUAUUUAAAUAAACUCUGAUGAUGAGGAAUAAACCAUGGACGCUUUUUUUAUUGUGUACAAAACCAACCAAAACCAAAUAUAAAAUGCUUAAUUAAUUGAACAGUUCUAACACUCAAUCGAAUUAUUCUAACACAGGAAGUUUGUUGCAGAAACGCAAUAACGCAAUUCGAUGUUAAUGCUUGUAAAAAAUAUGUUUUAUGCUGUUUUAAUUACUAAUUUCCUAUUCAACUUAUGAAAAUCAACUAUUGUCCUUUUUUACUUUACAUUUUAUUUGAUAAAAUCCUACGAAUCUUAUAGUUACCUCAACAUAACAGAAACUGCCAACAUAUAAAUUUUUUUAUUACAAAUAAAUGUAAUUUGUUGUUUGUUUGUUUUUUCCGAAAUGUCUGCAUACUAUUAACUACUCUUCCAGUUUCUUUGUAAAGCAUUCUGAUAAAACUCAUAGAAAGCGUCGCCAAAAAUAAACACGAAAUAUGAUAUUUCUAUUUUUAAGACUAAAUUUAUAAUCGUCUAGUUUACAAUAUAAAAGGAAGAAUGACUCGUGAAAAACUAAAUUAAGUGAUCUAUAUGAAACAAACCAUUAAACUAAAAACAAUAAAAGCUAAAUUAAA